UACUUUUAGUACAAUUCGUAGAUGCAGAGUUCGUCGGCUCCGGUUUCCUGGGAAGUUGGUCCAUGUCGCAUGUCCCAUUUUUUUCCUUACCGAAUCUUCCCAGGAAAAAGCUAAUCGAACCAAAGCCAAGUCGCAUUACCCAUGUGCUUUUUGCUCUGCUGCCGUUCUCGUUCAUAUAUAUUCCCUUGCAGAUUUGUCGUCGGUUUUUGUAUCUGUGCUGAAUGCGAUCUCGACGUCCGUUUUGCAGGCUCUUCUGAUCCUUUCCUCGAGCGGUGACUUGCGCAGAGGUUUGCAGCUGAAGCUGAACUAGGCGAGCGCGCCGCAGAGAUGGCGGCGUGGUCUAGGAUCGGGAGGUGCGCGCAGCUGUCGCUGUCGCAGUCCCUGUCGAGGAUCGUCUCCGAGGGCGGCGGCGGCGCUUCGCCGGCGGAGGCGGCGUCCGCGAUGCGCGGUGCCGCUCUGUCCCGCGGCCGCGGGCACCACGCGUCGUCGCUCCACAGCCUCGCGUUCCCGGGCCUCGCGGGCAGGAGCGCGUGCGCCGGCGGCCACCUCCUCCAGACGCCGCCGAGUAGCAGGGGCAUCGGCACCACGCCCGCGAUGCUGCACCCCGCGUCGGCGGCGGCGGUGGCGGCGGAGCUCUCGGACGCGGAGACGAGGGAGCCCGAGGCCGCGCCGGCGCCUCCUCCCCGCAUGCCGAGCCUGGGGCCGACGAAGCCCGCGGAGAAACCCCGCUUGGUGGUGCUGGGCACCGGGUGGGCGGCGUGCCGGCUUCUCAAGGACGUGGACACGAGCGCCUACGACGUGGUGUGCGUCUCCCCCCGGAACCACAUGGUGUUCACGCCGCUGCUGGCGUCCACGUGCGUCGGCACGCUCGAGUUCCGCUCCGUCGUCGAGCCCGUCAGCCGCAUCCAGUCGGCGCUCGCCACCCACCCCGGCUCCUACUUCUUCCUCGCCAACUGCACCGGCGUCGACACGAAGGCGCACGAGGUGUACUGCACGGCCGCCGCCGCCGGCGAUGGGCUGCCCAGCGACCCGUACCACUUCAAGAUCGCCUACGACAAGCUGGUGAUCGCCAGCGGCGCCGAGCCGCUGACGUUCAACAUCAAGGGCGUCAAGGAGAACGCCAUCUUCCUCCGCGAGGUCAGCCACGCGCAGGAGAUCCGCAGGAAGCUGCUCACCAACCUCAUGCUCUCCGAGAAUCCAGGCUUGUCUGAGGAGGAGAAGGCGCGGCUCCUGCACUGCGUGGUCGUCGGCGGAGGCCCCACCGGCGUCGAGUUCAGCGGCGAGCUCAGUGACUUCAUCAUGCGCGACGUGCGGGAGAGGUACGCGCACGUCAAGGACCACGUCAAGGUCACCCUCAUCGAGGCAAACGAGAUCUUGUCAUCGUUUGAUGUCGGGCUGCGUCAGUAUGCAACGAAUCACCUGUCAAAGUAUGGAGUUAAGCUGGUGCGAGGCAUCGUGAAGGAGGUGAAGCCCACGGAGAUCACCCUGAGCGACGGCACCCUCGUGCCCUACGGCCUGCUGGUCUGGUCCACGGGCGUCGGCCCGUCGGAGUUCGUCAAGUCCCUGGACCUGCCCAAGUCACCCGGCGGGAGGAUCGGCGUGGACGAGUGGCUCCGCGUGCCCUCGGCCCCGGACGUGUUCGCGCUGGGCGACUGCGCGGGCUUCCUGGAGCAGACGGGCAAGCCGGUGCUCCCGGCGCUGGCGCAGGUGGCGGAGCGGGAGGGCAGGUACCUGGCGCGGCUGCUCGGCAAGGUGGCGGCGCAGGGCGGCAGCAAGGCGCACUGCGCCGGCAAGGCGAACCUCGGCGAGCCGUUCGUGUACAAGCACAUCGGCAGCAUGGCGUCCGUCGGGCGGUACAAGGCGCUGGUCGACCUGAGGGAGAACAAGGACGCCAAGGGGGUGUCGAUGGCGGGGUUCCUCAGCUGGGUGAUGUGGCGGUCGGCGUACCUGACGCGGGUGGUGAGCUGGAGGAACAGGUUCUACGUGGCGGUGAACUGGGCGACGACGCUCGUGUUUGGCAGGGACAACACCAGAAUUGGCUGACGACGUGGGGGUGCAGUUUUUACUAGCUGGCCGGCUGCUGUGCUCCACGGGAGCGACAGACUGGCUGUCAUUUCUGUCCUUUCUUCUGCUUCGUGUCCGUCCCUGUGUUUAGAGAAUUCUAUUAGACUUCUUACGGUUAUAGCGGUUCAAAGUUUCACAUUUUCCACGAGAGAAUUAUGAAGCAUGGGCACCAUUUCUGUUGAUGGUGGUUACUAGAUAAAUUCGGCGUUCACGUGGCCUACAAAUCAA